AUGCUCCAUAUUUUGAAAGGGUAUCUGGCCAUACCGCCCACCGUUGCCUACGGUCACUUAGAGCACUUUGAAUAUCUGGCGCUAGAGCUCCUGGGUCAGUCUCUGAAUGAUGUGGUACCAAAGGAGGUAAUGGAAGCGGAAAUGGUGGCUAAGAUCGCACUACAACUCCUUUCUGUCCUGGAGUUCGUUCAUUCGCACGGGCUUGUACAUAGAGACAUCAAACCGUCGAACGUCCUUCUCACACUCGACCAACCGCCGAUACUGCGCCUCGUCGACUUUGGUAUCGCGCGAUCUUUUUGCACUGGAAUUCCCGCUCGACGCGAGCCCAGGUUAGAGAGGCUGGAUAUCGCUGGGACACUUGACUGGGCUAGUCUCAAUGCUCAUUUCUGUUAUGGUGUGCAUCCUGCUCUGAACCUUCCUUCGCAGCAAACAAUAUUGACGACACCUAACGCAACAGACAGCUCGCCGCGUGAUGACCUUGAAUCCCUCGCAUGUACUCUACUGUUUCUACUCCGUGGAGGUCUCCCAUGGUAG